AUGGAGGCAAGAUGUUUAGAUUUUACCGUUUAUUCCGCUAGCAACCUUGUAGAUGUUCGAAAAUACGGAGAAAUGAAAGUUUAUGCUAAGGUUUCAGUUGAAGGAAAGAGCCAGUGUACAGAAGCUGAUGUUAAGAAAGAGACGAAUCCUGAGUGGAACACGACAUUCAGAUUCAUUGUGCCCGAGGAAAACAUCAUACGUGCAGAGGGUAAAAUUUCUAUUAAAAUCGAGUUGUUUUGUAAAAGAAGUUUGUCAAACGAUAAAUAUAUUGGUGAAGUAAACCUUAGUCUAGAUUCUCAAUGUGCGAAAUCAUGUAACACUUGCUUAGUGGAUCGGAAUGGUACAAAUUAUAAAAGUUCGAAUUUUGGGACUUUAAGGUAUUCAAGUGUUUUAGGAGAUAAAUUCAUACUCGCCGACUCGUCCUCAUCCUCAUCCUCAUCCUCGUCAUCUCAGGAUUACGUCAACAAAAUUAAUAUAGCUAGUAUUGGAGCGACUAUACUAAGUACAGUGGUUACAGUAGCGGUUGCAGCCACAGAAAUCUAG